AUGACUCACCUGUCUGACAGGGCCCUGCACUCAUUUAACAUAACACAGAUGUCCAGACUGGUGGGGCGAGUGCUCAACUUCACCAUACAAGGAGUACUCCACCAGAGUCGAGUGAGCGCCAUCUGGGGGGACCUAGAGCAACAGCUGAACAGGACCGCUAACUUUGUUCUGACCGUCGGGAAUCAGUCUUUUACCAGUAGUACCAGGCCAAACACAUUCGCUCAAAUCACAAACAUGGAGGUGGACAUUGAGUUUCCCUCUUUGGACACUGAUUGGUUGCUUCAGACACACCCACUUACUGCCAGGAAGGAAAUAGAACAGGAAGUCAUCAGAAUUGCCAUGGAAACCAUGUCACCAAUAGUGACCAAGACAAUCUCUAACAUUGCCUUUUUCAAGAAUACAAUCAAAUUCAUGGUGUCCAAACAGCCGGAGGAUCCGCGGGAUUUACCCAAGGAAUACACACCACUGAGGGACCAGGUGAACCAGGGUCUACUGGACAUCAGUCUGUUCGGUCAACUGUACACCGCCAACUAUACAUUCUUCAUUGGAAGCUUCUCAGAGCUGUGUCCUCGACAGUGUCACCAAGCGACCCAGGAGACGGCUUGCUCCACAAUACCCAGCUGUUUUUGGUCCUACCAGCUACAGCGAUGCUCAGACGACGUGACACUCCCCGAAAUGAAACAAGUGACCGUGGUGUUUCCCUGUGUCAAAAUGGAUGAACUACCUGAGGGUGAGAGAAACAAGAGUCUGGAGGGGGUCAGGACCGCAGUGGGAGGAUUUCUGCAGGGGCUCCCAGUUGGGGCUCAGGCUCACAGCUUCAGAUACGGACAGGAUUUUAGGAGCAGCUUUACGUUUGAAGUCCAAGGAACAGUAAGAAGGGCUCCAUUAUCCAGCCUCUUAUAUAACAUCUCAUCAUGGAUAGGUAGCGGACAGUUACAGCUAACGGUCAACAAUACCCAAGUCACAGGGCAAGAUGUGGAGGAUUUUAACAGUGUUGAAAUAGCCAUGCUAUUUUCAAAUGUGGACUUCUCCAAGCUAGAACUGCGACAGAGAAGGAAACUGAAGGAGGAGCUGUUCCAUCAGCUGAGAAGUCUUCUGUCUAAUGGGUUCUCCCUCACUAACAUACAUGAUGUCUGGUUCGAUCAGAAAUACAUCAUUUUCAAAGUGGAAAGGGACAACUCUAACUCCUCCAUUAGCUCUGAGAUAGAGAAAUGGAAACAAGUACUCAAACUGAAGGCCUUCUCAGUCACACUGGAUAAUGGCCGACACCAGCCCACUAAAAUGGUGUACCAGGCUAGUCUCCAUGGAAACUGUCCUAUUUCCUGUUAUAACAGCUCCAUGAAUGUCCUGUGUAGAAGGAGCCAGGGCUGUUUCUUCAAUGGGAGCUGGAAUGUGGCCCACUGUCAGAAAACAAAGCUCAUCUCCAACAGCUAUGUGUACCCCCUGUUUGUCCCAUGUAAUGGUACACAGUCACUGAGUCCUAAAGAGAAGACAGAAACAGAACAAGAUCUGAGGGUCAAGCUGGAGGCCAUGUUAGGAGGUGCAAAGGAAGUCCUACAGGAUGUGAUCCUGUCAGAGGAUGGAGCCGACAUUGUCCUCCACGCCACAACCUUACACCCACACUUGGAGCUUUAUGUGGACACUCUUAAAAUUAAGGCGGAUUACACCCAAGGCUUCAGUUUCGGUCCUUCAUCUGAGAGGAAGAAGUUCUCGCCCCGAAAUAGGGAGGAUUCCACAAAGUAA